ACACACACACAUCAGAACCUGGGUCUUGAUAAACACAUGGGAUCCCCCUUAAUACUGUCGUUUAUCUCUUUGAAUUUUGUUGAAUUUUGUUUUUUGUGCAUAUGCAAAACGACCACCUAGGCUCAUCUGCGAUUCGGGUGUUUCUCGCGUGUUUCGGGCUCUGCAACCGGACAUGACGAUACUGGGAGAAAGCUGCUCGUUAGGACUGAUUUGGAAAGGAGUUUUGAGUUGUCAGUCAAAGUUGAGUGAGUCCUCAUUUGCGUCAGGAUUUUUAUGUUUGUUGCCUAGAAUAACGUUGAGUUGCAGUUGGAUUGAUGCUGAGGUGCGACUCUGGUCUGAGUGCAAAGCCGGAGUUGAUUAGCUGGUUUGUGUAUGCAUGACCGGUAUGUAGCUUCAGCUAGAUGACCGGGUCACGGAAAGGCAUGCAUGUCAUGGGAGAGAGAAGAUUAUACCCACUCUGUCAUUACAGUCCGUGCAUUAAACCAUCAUUACCUCCUUUUACGGUAUUUACCGAAACUGGAGGAGAAAAACAACUCCUGGAUGAGUUCGAUGGAACCCACCAGCGACUGAAGUCAAGGAUAAAGUGAAUUCGUCAUUGGCCAUUAAAAGGAGCUUCUAAGGAGACCGUUUCAAGAGACUUUGAACACACCAAACGGAGGCAGGAAAAUGAGUUAAAAAGUGACAAGCGUGAUGGACAACCUGAUGCAAAUGGGUUGGUGGUAAUUUCCCCGGUUUCACCCAGAAGACACAUGCAUCAACGUAGAAACACGUACGUCAUACUUACGAACCCCGGCCUUCCCUUCCUGCUAUCCGCCCCAGUCCUCCAUGGAUUCCUACAACUUACACUUUGAGAGAAUGAGCAACGUGGACCUGCAUCCUCUGAGCCUGCCUGUCAGCCGGCUCUCCCCAGCCAAGUCCAACAGCAGCAUUGCCGACCAACUCGCCCACCAACACCAGCACGGCAAAGGAGACUCGGCGUACAGCUCUUUCUCCGGCGGGUCCACCGCCCCGGACUACCCGUCGCCUUUUCUCCCGGACGACCUCCAGUCCAGCUCCUUCAGCCACUAUGCUGAUCUUAAGUACGUGAAAUCUAUAUACCAUCCGACCCAGGCUCUGCAGUCCGACUCAAAGACCAUGGACCAGCUCUAUCGCUCUGUGGAAGCCAUCUCACAGCAGUAUCGCAACAAUACCAGCGCAAGCGUGAACCUCCGCAACCAAAACGGCUAUGACGGUCUCUACACCAACAACAAAGCUCUCUCUAAAAAAGAGAGGCCUUCGGGGGCUUCGUCCCACGGUGCCUACCCACCUGUCUUUCCUCCUCCAGUCCCAGUUCGCCUGGAUAGUUUUACAGCCACAAAAAACUUGGAAAACAGCAGGGUCCACCAUCAAGGUUCUGAGUUUCAACCCCAGCAGCCGCAGCCUCAAAAACCGCCGAAACUCGCCAACCGCCUCCAUGCACAGCACCGUGGUCUGAACACUGAGGCAGUUAACCCAGACACGGUUAAAUCCAGCUUAAAUUCGGACCCGGUGUACUCCGUUUGGAGGGGCCCUCCGCAGCAACAGCAGCAGGCCCAGCAGCGGUCGAGCUACCGGACCCACCUGCAGGCUCACGAUCAGACCAGGCCGCCGUUGAACCCGGAGUACAUUUUUAUCACAGACAGCAAAGCCGCCUCCGAGCAGCAGAAUGUGGCAAACCUCCCGGGCCGAUCGCCUCCCCGGGGCACGAGCCAGUCCGAGCGCCCGAAAGUCAGACAGCCCUCGAGCGCCGGGGGGUGUGACGGAGACGACCUCGGCAAGUCCGGUGGCAGCAGUGGCCAUUUUGAGAGUCAGCGCAAAAGGGCGCACUCGGCACAGGAUCGACCAGGUCCAGAGUCGCCCCGAGAUGCCGGCCCGUGGAACACCGGUGAGAGUUUAAUGAACAGUAGCAUCCAGCACAAAGGUCAGUUCUACUUUGUCACGGGAGUGUGUAAGGCUGAACCUGGAGCGAGGACGCACUCUGCAUCCGUGUGCUCCACCGGGCCGGAGACACACCGGCUGAGCGAGAGAGCGCGAUGCCACAGCACAAUGGACGAUUUGUUUAGACCCCUCCAGCAGAGCUCUCGCUCUUCCAGCGGCUCAAUUCCACAAGAGAGUCAAACUUUCACCUCCCGGAGCAAGGCGCUCUCAUCCAGAAGCCAGGAUCAGGAAAAUCAUCGACUGUCCUACAUCUCGACCGGGUCCUCUCGCAGCGUCAACGCCUUGGAAGACCUCAACAUGACUCAGAGUCGAGAUAUCGGGCGCCACACCGCCAAUAACCCAAUAUUCUACUGCGGACCUGACGGAGACUGUCCACCGCAUUCAACCAAACAGACGAUGGAGGGCACCCCGCCGAUAAGCCCCGAACAGCCCAACUACCACAAGAGAGAGGAGCAGGCAAAGAGAGGGAAACGGCAGCCCUUGAUGGAUGUAGCCAGCGAAAGGAUAAACAAAGAAACCACCCCGCUCUUGUACCACCUCACUGGAGCCAGCAGGGCAGCGGUGCAGCCCAAAAAGAAUGUUGAUUCUUGUACGAAAGGAUAUGAAGCUAUCGCAAACAGAGCGGGGCGGGAAGACGUGGCUGUUGAAGGCGCGGAGAGCGCUCCGAAUGGUGACGCAAGCAGCAAAGACCGAGGGGAAGGCGUCCCGGUCGCCUGCGGCACUCUGGACGACUCGUUUAAAAAGUACUACAAAGAGAAGCUGAAGGACGCGCAGACAAAGGUCCUGAGGGAGACGUCGUUUAAAAGGAGGGACCUGCAGCUGUCAUGGCCACACCGAAUCAGGCCGAAACCCGAGCUGAGGCCCACAGUGAUUCACACCUUCUCCCCGUCACAGGACUCCGAGACUUCCACAGAUACUCUCACUCCCUCUGUGACCUCCGAGGAGCCCGAUAGGGUCACCGUAAAAGAAGGAGUGCGGGAGAGUCGGGAGGAGGGGGACAAAGGGACCGAAAAGGACAACGGGAGACCGGCGAACGUGGCGCAGCCCCAGGUGGCACGCAUCGGCGGGAGGAGGCGACUGACCCAGGACCAGAAGAAGAUGUGCUUCUCCGAACCGGAGAAGCUCAACCAGCUCGGCGGGGGCCCCGUCCACUCGGCGUGCCUCUCCUUUGGCAACGAAAGCGAGGGAGAGGAACGUUGGCAGGAAGGAGAGCAGGGGCUGGUCGCAGCCCGGAGGAAGAUGUUUGAGAAGAGAGGUAGGGCCCUUUCAGCCUCCAGCGCUUCAAAGACAAACUUAAAGCAUCUGCAGCAGAAGGCCCUGGUGGAGUACAUGGAGCGCAAGACGGGCCAGAAAGUAGCCGAGCCACAGCAACCAGUGCCCCCGACCCCAUCUCCAUCCAGACACAGGCAUUCUCUGGGGGAGAAGCCCUUCGAUUGGGUUCCCAGACCUCCAUCGGGAAAUCCUGAAGGCAACAACGACAAGAAGAAGCUCCACAGACCCCAUUCUGCGGGCCGCAUCCUCGACUCCUCCGCCAGCUCCAUCAGGUACGCCCAGUUCUUCUCAGGCCAGUCGAGUCGGAGGGAGAGCCAAGGUCCGUCUCAGGGGAAGUCCGCCUCAGUGGAGAGUCUCUUGGACCAGCCUGAACCCCCUAGUUUCUUCAGGAGAAGAUCCACAUCCACACCACAAGCAUUUCAGGCUAUCGACUAUGAGGAGGAUCCAUUUCCAGUUGACACUAUGGAAACCCCGAGUCCCCAGACGGACGCCGCCGAAGACUCCUUUGUAAAGCCGGCCCCUGACCUCCAGCAGCGGGUCCGCGUGGUCUCACAGAGGGGAAAGUCCAUGGAAGAGCUCGGGUCGUCAAAGUUGACAGGACCCUCGGCACUGAGUAAAAGUUCUGAGCAGCUGGAUCAACUUCUGAGGGAUUUCACUCGACCGGUGGGACCGGAUCGGGACAUGAGGGGCCUUUCGCUCUUUGCCGGAGUCAGAGAAGCCGCUGGGCGGGACCAAGGGAGGAGGAGACCAAAUGUAACGGAGCAAGCGGACAAAGAACCGGAGUUUGUUGGUCAGAACAGCACUCAAGCGCAGACACUGAGCCAAACCCGGAAGAUGUCUCUGUCAAAUGAGAACUCCGAACCGGGCGAGGAAGCCCCAAAUAAUUCAAGUAGAUCCACCUCCCCGGCCCCCGGUCCCUCGACCCGUGCCAGGGUCCCUUCCGGAUCUCCAGGUUCUCACGGCCCGGUCACAGAUGACUUCAGGUCCAGCAGACCGCCCAGUGAGACUUCGGCCGACCCACCUUCCCCCAACUGUCUAGAAAGCAGUGAGAGGGAGAUCAAAUCCAGCCCGCCCGGCCCCACCGAGACAAAGCUUCCUUGUGAAAACGGGCUCAGCUUCGGAGUCGGGACUUCGCCGUCCGAAACGGAGCGAGAGCAGUCGGUGGACGAGCCGAGCAGCGAGGCCCCCGAUUCGGACCAGGAAGUGUCUUUGAGCUGCGGGGUCACCACCGAUCCGUCGCUCUGGAUCCUCCCUCCGGAGGAAGGGACCAGGGAGGAAGCCUGCCCCUCUCCGCUGACUGACGUUUUCGACGACGAGUCCAGCAGCCCGGCCCCUCCAGCGCAGACAAGUGGACCCUCUGUGUCCCCCCGGACCUCCGUCUCCGACGCGGACGUCACUCGGCGGGUGGAGGCGGAGGCGGAGGAGAGUCCAGAAACGGAAGAUGAGAAGUCGGGAAACACCCGGGAGGUGGAGGAGAGGGGAACACCGGGGGGAGAGACGCGGAGCCCCGAGAGGACUCGGUGGGAGGAGCUGGUGGAGGCGGUGGUGCGGGCCGACCAAUCGCUGGCCAGAGUUCUGUACCCACUGGCCAAUCGUAAGACGGCACUGAUGCUGAUGGAGCAGCUGCUGUCAGAGGACACGCUGCUGAUGGAGGAGCACUACAAGAAGAAACAAGAGCAGAAAGGAGCUGCGGAAAGCGCCGAAAUGGCCGACGGGGCCGAACCUUCGCCUCGUCCUCCUGACAGCCCGAAGCCGCAGCGCACAGACCUGCCGAGCAAAGCCGACGUCGCUGAGAAAAAGCUUCUCUUAGUGGCGUCCAUCAACGAGCGCCUGCGUUCGCUGGAGGAGACGCGCAGCGCCCUGCAGGCGGACGUCCAGGAGAACCUGGCCCACGGGGACGCCCUGGAGGCGCUGGUCCGGGACCGCUGUGUGCCGGUGGAGCUCGAGAGGUACAGCCUGUUCAUAGGAGACCUGGAGAGGGUGGUCAACCUGCUGCUGUGCCUCUCUGCUCGGCUGGCCAGGGUGCAGAACGCCCUGAGCACGGUGGACCAACACACGGACGCCGAGGAGAAGCAAUCUCUGGACAACCGCCACCGUCUGCUGUGCAAGCAGAGGGAGGACGCCAAAGACCUGAAGGAUAACCUGGACCGCAGGGAGAACCUGGUCUCCAGCUUCCUGGCGCGCCAGCUGUCCGCCGAGCAGCUGCAGGACUACCGGCGCUUCGUCCAGACCAAGGCCUCGCUGCUCAUCCGGCAGAAGGACCUGGAGGAGAAGCAGCGGCUGGGAGAGGAGCAGCUGGAGGCCCUUUCCAACAGCCCCAGUCGGUAGAGGGAGGAGGCUCGUCCUUCCCUUUCUCUCGUUGGAAAACGACGCGUGGGGGGAGUUCCCGGGCUGCACUUCAAAGUAGUCCGGCUGCUGUCUGAAGAGCACUCUGGUAUCCAUUUCUGCUUCCCGGUUGAACCCGCUGCUCCUCUCGUACUGCACAGACCACGCGAGAGAUGAGCGACGAAGCCCGUUCAGACUAAGGCCCUGCCACCCCCCCGCCUUGUUGUCGCCUUGCGCCCCGACGUUUGACUCUGAGCAGAGGAUUGUUGAGACCGCCGUUGUCCCUUUUGUGUGCCUUGUUGCAGCUGCGUGGACGGUUUGCGUCCCCUGUCCAGCGACUGUCCUCGUGCUUCUUCAGUAAGAUGUUAGUGCGAAACGUAUUUGCACGUGGAAAACCUGUUAUAAGCUUUAAGAAUGUAUUUUUGACCUGCGAGAAGGCUCCAGUGGAAGAGCGCGGGCCGAGAGGGGGCGUCGAGUCGGUGAAAUGUACAAUAGAUGUAGACGGUUUCAUCUUUUUUCUUUUGCGAAUGUUUUUGUUUUUAAAUGUUUUUCAAAUGAAGGCACUAUAAACCAAAAAGGGUGAAUGGAAAAAAAAAGCACUUUGUAACAAUACGUGAAUGCACAUUUCUUCAAAUCAGAGUCAAGUCAUUUAAAAAUGAAAGCCUCACUUCAUCCCUUCUAAAGUUUGGUCAUUCAUUUUGAAUAGCAAUGUUAAACUAAUCUUUUGCUUUUUAAACAGGACUGUGUCGAAAUAACUUUCCAGCUCAUUUCAUACUUAAUGUUAUUAAGUCUUAAUGAUUUCAUGCUGGAACGCCUCCUUGUGAGGAGGCGCUAAACCGCUUUUAAAGAGGAUUAUAAGUAAGCAACAAUUCUAUCACUCAGUAUUCCCUCCCGAUGCCCCUUCGGCGCCCACGUGACCCGUGAUACUUGAAACACUUUUUUAACGUAAGAGGAAAGCCCACAACCUUCACUUCAGGUGUCUUAAACUAAUUCGCUAUCCUCUACCUCCACCGUUCAGCCCCGUUUAGACAUACGCAACCUUUUUAAGUUCAUUUAAAUUCACACUUUGAAAGAAGACUCCUGAAUCAAAUCACUUCCCCUCUAGAUGGAUUCAUUUCUUUGUACUCAAUCUUCAGCCAGAGGAGUCGGUGAUGUGAGCUGUUGCCAGUUAAUGUGCAGAAUGUGUGUAUUUGUGUGUGUGUGUGUGUGUGCGCUCAAAAUAAUGAAUGUCUUAAUUUGUGUAGAGACAAAGUUAUUGAAGGAAGAACUCCUCAAAGUCAUAAAGUGAUCAAAAUGUUACCGUCCCCUCUUGGCUGAGAAAAAAAUGUGUGUUUGUGUGUGUGUGUGUUUGUGAGUGGUAUUUAUGUUAUAAUGACCACAAAGCGCCGAGAGCAUCGCGAGGAACCUCUAACCGUUAAAAAUAAGCAUUCCUCACUAACAAAAAAUACAAAUUGUAAACCCUUUUACGUUAAGAGAUUUUCAGUUCCUCCUAUCUGCUCCACCCGAACCCCACCCGCCCUGCAACGUAUUCCCUGGCUAUUUACGGCCCUGUCCGUUUCCGUUUGCUAAACAAAUGCGUGUGUGUUUUGGCCUUUGUGCUGACGGGUUAGAAAGAGUCGCGUUGGUCCUCGCAGCCUGCUGGAGUCCCUGAAGCAUGCAGCAUCUCGCUCCCACAGAGGAGCAGCACUUCACUCCUGUCAAUCAAUCAAAGCAGUGUUGUGUUGAGGGUGGCAGGAGAAACGGGCCUGUUUUUUUUGUUUUUUCUUUGAAGAAGAAGAAGGAUUAAAUAGUUUGGCCUGUUUCGCAUGCGGGAGACGUGUGACAUUGAUAAGGAACAGGAUGUGUCUCGAAGCCAAGAGAGAAAGACAUAAUUCAAGGAGUCUGAGCCAGUGGGAGGACAGCAGAUUUCUAAAUCCACAUUUUCUGCUCCAUUUCCCACGCGCGUGUUUUCCGUUGAGAGUUUGAGUUUGAUUUUUUUUUCUUUUCUUUUGUGCCUGUUUGGAGUUUUAAAUUCCAUGAUGUUUGUAAAAUUGUGAAUAAAUGAAGCUCUCCCGCUCUG